AUGGAGACCCAAAUGGCCUCAAAGGUAAUUAUUUUAAAGAAGUCCUUUAAAAGUAUCAUGGGGCAGAUUUCAUGCUGGAGUGGAGUAACGGGAGAGAAAAAGGCGACUACUGGGAAAAUUUAAUUUUGGUCUGAAAUCUCGAAUACCACUAUCAAACUCCCCACUAUCAUUACCAAAAGAAGGGGAGUCGCUGCUGUGUACGUCAGUAUACAUCUAAGUGAGCUCAUGAAUUCACACGGUUCGCCGUUUCUGUCUUUGCAUGAAUCCCUGGGUCGACUGUUUGAUCCGUCUCAAGAAUUUACCACACAAGGAGCAGGUGUCCCAUACAGUCUCUGGUAAGGUUGUCUACUUGUAAUGCGUGUUCGCAAAGUCGCAUAAACCCCGGAGAGCUGGAUAUGCAGGUUGCUGUGCACCUAUCGCUUCGGUCGUUGAUCUUUGGUCGUGGAAAAGUCAGAGGGUGGCGUGCAUCGUCAUCUGACAAUUAUGAUCCAGUCGCCUCAUCGUUAGGUACUAUUCGUACACCCUUAUCUGCAGUUACCAACUUGGUUUCCCAGCGUAGUUACAGUCUCCGCAACUAAAUUACAACUAGUAGACGACGAGACUUUUGUUUUUUGGAGAUUAGGUUCUUUGGUCUUACCUCGGAGCGCCUAAGCAUUGAAUCAGGCAUGUAAACGACAGUCUUUCGACGACCUCCGACAGCCUAUAACUGGAGAGGUUUAUCGCUAUGAUCCGUGUUAGUUGAUUGUCUCCGUUCUGUUCCGUGCCAGCAGUUAAAUAACGCGGUUGAAGGACCCAGUUCUUAGACAAGAGACAUCUUCUGUCGCCUAAAACUACAAUUAGGCUGCAGAAACCCAAAGUUGGUUGCUCGAACCCGUAAUGUCAGAUGAACUUGUACAAGCGAAUAAGGCCACCUGAAUUACUGACUAAUACACUUUGAUGUGUAUUUCACGGACGACCUCAUACGAAGGGCGAAAUGAAACCGUUCAGUCGGCUCGGGAGGUUUUUUGUACUCAGCUGCAACCGCUGAGGCUACUGUACAAUGUCAGUCAUUGAUCUUCCCGUCUCCUACUUUUUAUGUUUAAUCCUAUCUACUACGAUUUUUUUCAAGCGUUUUAUCAGCGGUGCGACAGGGGGAGUGAUAGUUCGUGCCGUGACUAAUCCAAGGCAAGGCCUUUGUUUCCGAUGAUGGGAGUGGAUUGCUAUCCAUCGUUUGAUCACAAUCCUAAGGUAGUGGAACUUUCCAAUGGCCCGUGAGUCGAGCGCUUUAACACGUCGUCAGAGUAUGCACAUGCAGGUCCAUUUUUCAUCUCGACCGCAUGUUAAAAUUUGCACCACUGUCGUUCACGAACGUCAUUACUUGACGUUUGAUACUCUCGGUGCAUGUUCAUGCGCGUACGGUCUCUAGUACUGCCAGCCCUGUUUUUACACCCAUGAUCACUCUGUUGCUGUAUACUCCACCAUACAUUUUUUAUUUUUAUAAUAAUACCCCAAUCGAGAUGUCUACCAUUUCUGACUCUUCGUGGUCGAUGAUUUUUUCCCGUCUUUUCCAUACGCCCUUCUUUCCAUCAUAGAACUUCAACAUUGUUUGUAGGGUCCAACCUCCAGCCUGCCAUCUUUUCUCUUUUUUUAGUUCAUGCGCCUUACGGACCUAGUUCUUGCAUGGCUCCUGCCACUUACGCUUGGCGACCAGUGCAUCUGGUACGGUCUGUGCCCAACUCAGGACUCGGAGGGCACGUACUGUGCAAAGAACGUGUCCGCCACUCCUCUCAGAAAUACAUCUGAUGGAAUACUCCAAACACUGCUAGAACUGUGUCCAGAUUAUGCUUCUCCUGACAGUAGCGCAGAGUCGGUACCGGUUUGCUGCGAUGCGGCUCAGGUCAACGCAUUUUCAGUCGGUAUCCAGAGUGCCAGCGUCCUUCUCGGAAGGUAGGUGGUGACAUUUUUGAUGUCCUGCUACUGGUGGUUUACUGAUCGUAAUAAUAGUAAUGGAGGUGGCAUUGGUAAUUUUGGUAGUAGUGGCGUUGGAGUUGAUGCAGUGAAAACGAUUGGAGGCCCUAAUGCCAGUAACUUAUCGCUGUCCAGAAUUCGACUCCCUCAUAAUAUCUCCAAAUCGCGCCAUUUACGAAUAUUUGAAUGGGUUUCGGGACCUUAUAUCUUCCAGCCGGCGUCUGCUUAGUUAUUUCAAGGUUUAUGAACGCCUUUAAUUGGCUUUCCUCAGAGCUGGAAGGACGCACGCGACGUGCUCUAGGAAGCCGUGAUCACGUGGUACGUAGCUUGUCGUAUGCGCCAGGGCCGGAAGGCGCAUACACGUUUGAGACGCUACGGUAGCAGCAACAGAGGCGGAGCAGGAAAAGCAGCAGCAACAUAAACCACGACAAAAAUGACCAAGACACAAUGCUGUCUAGGUCUUAUCGUCCACUAACCGCCUUGAAUUACCGAUUUGUAAAGCAUGUUGCAUUACUUGGCAGAUGUACUAUUCUUACCUACAAAGACAGGGGUGACAGGAAUGACCGUUUUUUUGGCGGUCCGUGUGGACCUGGGAUUUAAUUCCUGACGUAGUUGUUUGUCCAGCUUAAUUAUUGAACCGCGUGUUCUAUACGCAGUUCGAUAGUUAGACCUGUCGGCCGCCGCCAGUUAAACCACGUGUUGUGUAUGACCACGCAGAAUUGAAUAGAAAGUGGAUGGUAAACAACGACGUUAGACGUUUACAUGGGAGCUUUUACCCUAUCAUUUUGAAUUGACCAAAAAGUUCGACUACCCCGAUCGAUGUGUCAGGCAUAUAUUUUUCGUGAUACGGUGACUUUUUUCAACCCUAGGAACUUUCGAAUGAGGCCAAUCCCGUCGGUUCUAUCAAAUCUCGUUAGUUUUUUCCGAUCUUGCUUCUUUCAUGCAAAAGCUACCUGUUUUGCAUUAUAUUUGUCCUCUCUCCGGUCUAGUAUUGAUACUAGGCACUGCAUGUUUGUUGGAGGAGUCUACGACAUGAAAACACUCACUUCAGGCACACCUAACAAUACUUAUGCGGACUCCCGUUUUCAGAUGUCCUGCUUGUUUCGCAAACUUUCGACGACUCUUCUGUAAGAUGACUUGUGAUCCUCAUCAAAGUGCCUUUCUUCAGCCACUGAACGUCACCAAAACUGACGCGGUGACAAAAGUCCUUUACGUUCUCACAACACAUUUUGCUGAGGGAUUUUUCAACAACUGCAAGGUAGGCACUUCUUUAGUCCCCAUCUUCUUCCUCCUUUACCACCAUCAUAAUCUUUGGAUGUUGUAUCAAACCCCUUGGGUGGAUCCUUAAACUGACAGAUAGAAGAAUUUCACUCCCGAUUUGUGCCUCCAACCUCGACAGGCAACGCUUUACAAGCGUGAAAAAUUUUCUGGAUCGUUGCGAACUAGACAAAUGGGGUCGAUGAUCUUGAGCCUGGGUCUGAUCGACCUGACCACUUAAUUAGAGGUUAUAAGGCCCAAGUCUAGCGAUAAACUUAGAAUACACACAUGUUGGCAGGCAAAUGAUGAGAUCUGAGCGCUUUCCAGCAAUGCACAUUGAUUUUGUGGUUUUGAACAUGACCUCCAUCCUUCGUGACACGUUUCACAAAACGAUUUUUUUAACUGGCUCAAGCAUUUUGCAGUCGUUGCCCGGUGAUUUCACGAGUUGUAUUGGUUACUCUGAGCUUGGGUUAACUAAAAGAAGAUGACCUUGUGGAAUGCUUCUCUUUUUUGCCUAACUUUGAAAAAUCGUCCAGUGCCAUCACAUCGGGCUUUCGAGGUUGACAAACAACAAACCCAACUUUAAUUGAUCCUCCUUUAGUUGAGGGGGUAAUUUGGAAAAUUUUCACUAAUAGAAAUAUAUCACCGGUUGAUUGUCCUCACUUCAUAGUGUUUGAAGCCACUGAAUCCUGUAAGCGUUUGCGUAAUUUAGCUCACUCACUUUUGCACACGGGGUUUGUGAAAUAUUUUAUUUUGCAGAUGCGGGUCAGCGGACUGUUUUAAAACCCGUGCAGAUCAGAUCUAAGCUCAGAAAAACGUGCAUUUCACCACUGAGUUCUAGCAAUUAUGCAUGCUUGCUUAACUAGCCUACUAGACCGACGGUGUCAGACCCAAAGCCCUUUUUCAAGACAGCUGCUAUCUCUAAGUUCUUCUCCAGUCGUUCUGACUUUGUCUUGUCAUCCUAACAGCACAAAUGUAGGAGGGGAGUGUGGGAACUUCGCUGCGAAAGUCUUUCUCACUACAAUUCUAGUCACGCACAAGUCGCCACUGCCCCCUAUGACAGUGACGGUAGCCAUUGAUUCCUACCUACGAACUAUCAACGUGUACCAGGGAAGACUAGUCGUUUCGUUCGUAACUCGGCCGUUUGAAGUUGGUUUUGUUUUUUUCUGGAAAUUGUCCAUCUUGACGCAGUUAACUGCUGGCAAGUCCAAUCCGUUAACUAUCCGUAUAAUUCAAUUCGAACGCAAGUUUCCAAGGCCUCCACACGCAAAGCCCAGCAUUCACAUCCGUAGAGAAGGACAGACCGGACAGAUGCACGGUACACGCGAAUCUUAGUGGCGCUGGACGUGUCACGUCGGAUCCAUAGGCAUUUCCGAAGGCUUGAGAAAACCCAGCGGGCAGCAUCAUUUCGGGAGACAGUGUCCUUGCUAUGUCCAUUCGGCAGCAGCCUCGUCCCGAGUUAUUUAAAACUGUUUACCUCUUCAAGUUGACAGCCAUCAAUCUCGAGAGGUGCCUUCUCUUGACCAGGGAUGCAGCUUGAAAGCACUUUAGUCUUCUCCGCGUUGGUGAAUAAACCGACCGAUUUAGCGACCUCAUUCGUCCGUGACACCAUAGACUGCAGAUCACCAAAAUUUGUAGCAAGUAAGGCAAUAUGAUCGGCAUAGUCAAAAUCAGUCAGCCGGUGUCCGGGUGCAAACUUAACGCCCUCAACUGCAGAGUUCUUCCGCUGAUCCAGUCACUACGGCGUCGCUGGGUAUAUCCAAGGAUUUUCUUAGCUGCCCCACAGACAGGUCAGCGGAUGUUUGUUGCGAUGCUAGGAACACGUGUUGGGUACAAGCAAUCGGUUCUGAUCAGCGAAGUUCAGCAAUCUCUCACCAUUUCCACAUCGACAACCAAGCCCAAAGCGGCCAAUAAGAUGACUGUUUGUGGAGUCGCCAGGUCCAGUCCGACCACCAUGGCGACAAUCAGCAGAUCGCGGCGAGGGAGUCUUUCAACUAAUGUUUGCAAAUGCAAGUAAAACACCUCUUUAUCGCGCUGUUCGGCCGCUGAAGUUGGUGCAUGCACAGAGAUGAUGGAGAUGCUCGUGAAGUGACCCUUCAGUCACACGUAGACCAUCCGGUCUUUGACUGGUUCCCAAGCAAGUAACUCGAGGUCCGUUUGUUGCGGGAGGGCGAUAACUACACCGUGUCUACCAGAAGAGUCGCUUGGGCUGCUGUGGUACAGGGCGAAGUGUGAUUUAACUCCGGGGAUCUUUAUUUAUCGAGAGCCUGAGUCAGGAAGUCGGACUUCAGACAGACAGCAAACAUCUGCAUUGUACUGAUUAAGGCUGCGCGCGGUCAGGCUUUGGGUAUCGGGGUCCAGGCACGUUCGCACAUUCCAGCAUCCAAUACCAAGAGUUCAUCCCCGAUUGAGUAGUACAGCUGGCAUACAAUUCGCCUGCACCACUGGACCUGGGUUUCGGAGCGCGUCGGUUCCCGCGGACGCCGUAGCAUGGGUCGUGAUACUGUAGUCGGGCCUAUUUGAGGAGGCUCCUUGGGGAUUUUAAAUACAUGCGGGUCCCCAACAGCUGCUCGGGUUGUUUGUUCGAGGUCGUCUCCUCAAGCGCUUUGGCUUAAGAGCCUAGCCACAAGGCAGCGGUAGCAAGUAAACUUUUUUAAUGGCGGUUCGCGGUCGCCAUGUCACAGUGCCGUUAUCGGGCUUUGCGGCUUUUUUAUAAGGCUUUCAGUGUGCCAGACCUUUGCCCUCCGCACCCUGGUAGCACUGUUGCUGCUGGUCCGUAACUGCUUAUUUUGCAGCCGAUCUUCACUGAAGGCCGUCCCACUAUCCGCCGCCUGUGGACGCGCCACGUAGCAAGCAGCUGGACCAACUAGCAACCCGUCUUCCCGGGCAAAAUCUGAAAAUAUUCUGUGGGUUUUUGUGGGUUAUUUGAAAUGUGCGGUAUCUGGUUGAGUCAUCUCACGUCUCAAUCUUCGCCUCAUCAACCUUUUUCACCUUCUGGUUUUUCCUAGGUUUUCCACUCUCCUGGUUCGUCAUGUUUCUUGUCUUUGUCGGCCUGUUGACAAUCUUUGUCGCGAAUGAGCUUUUCCAGACCUGCAACGCUGCUCGCCGUCGCCGACAGCAGGAUCACUUGAAUGUCACCAGCGAAGUCGUCAUAUCUACACCACCCAGCAACCCAAGUUCUCUUGGUUUUCAUGCAAGGCUUGGCCCUGUGGUCGAGGCGACCCUCUCUAAAGUGAGUCAUUAAGAUAAUGAGGAAAAACUUAGCGUUCCCUGGACAAGUACGUUUAAAAUCUGGGAGUUAAUCCUGGUAUUAUUCAAAUACUUGUAAAUUUUCAAGAAGAUGCAUGCCUUAGGGCCCAUGACUACUUUUUGUCUGCUCGGCCGAGCGUGGAUAAGUUGCUGCCGCCAUUCAUGUGCUGUCCACGCAUGUUCUCGCGUGCUUGCUAUAACUGCAUCCCGGCUGUUGAACACCUUUCCUGGUGCCCCGACGGAUUGGACCUUUUUGAAAUAGUGACGAAAAGUCAGAUGUCCUUGAUGUGACGGGAGAUCGAGCGGCCAUCUAUCAGCCGAAAAUCUUGUAACUACCUCACCCCCUGGUUGUUAUCCACACCUGCGACUUCGACUGCUUCAUCUUCGAAGUCAUUCGCCGUUUUGAUAGCACCAGUUUCCAACUGAGAAUUCGGAUCCGCCCUUCCCCGUGUAGGCGUCCAUGCAGCCUCUUCUGUGGUUGUCUGCUGAGUUUCCCAACAUAAUUACACCUACGGCAGAAUACUUCCGUUUAUAGACAACGGACUCCUUUUCACCUCUGAGUUGAAGGUAUUUUGGGAUCAAAACUCAGCGACAAAUUUUGGUGUACGGUUUGUGGCGACUCCGCCCUCUGUUGAUAUGGGCCUCGUGGUCGUGGCUAUCGAACCAACCUUCACAUGCGGAAUCCUUUGCCAUGGCUUGGGAUAUUUGAAUGUUUACCGCUCUCCCUAAGGUCAGCAUCUCCUUGUCGAAUGCUGAUAGGAUUAUCUUCCUCGAAGGUACUCCGUCGGUGUUCGAGCUCAACCUUGGCAGGUGACAUUCUACAAUGAUCUACCUGUCGUCGGUAUGUCCUAUUGCCUUGCAACCACUCCUUGCGGGGCAUCGAAUUGCCUGCAGUGUGAUAAUCCACUUUAUGUGGAUCACCGCCUAACGGUUGAUCUGGUGGCAGAGGUGGGCAUCGGUGGUAAUUGUUUUUUUCUUUCUCUACCACAAACAACCUGGUAGCUGGUGUCCUCGGAAGAUACUUAAAAUCAACGAAGCUAAGAGCAGCAAAUCUCUUUGCAUUUACUUCCACCAACUGUUGUGUGUCUCCGUACGACUGUACAGGGUAUCGCGGGUAUGUGCCCGCGUUUUAGUUGAACAGUCACUCCAGCUUCGUCGAUGCGUUUGGAUGAACGUUGCACAAAUCUACACCACGCCCGGCAAUUGCUAUGAACGAGGAUGUAGCAUAGGCGACACCAACUGAGCCUAGUAUUGCAGGCACGAUUAGGGUGGUAAGCAGUAAACUGAUAUUGGCCGCCCAAUGCAUCUAUGGACCUGACGGAUUUCUACAGCCGACCGAAAGUCCGGCUAACUUUUUAAAUCGCAUGAGCCACUGUGUCAUCGAUUUGUAUGCAGCUUGAGUGUGUGAGUGUUUGGCGAGGCGACUUCAAUCGGAUGAGGGCAGACUUGUCCGGUCUCGACUGGGGCUUAUUGUUUACGGGUAAGCCUGGAGACCGUGGGCGGUUGAGGAUCAAAACUGCCUCAAAAGAGUUCAGAGGAGAGCCACGAAGAUGGUUAGGGGUCAAAGCUCCUUUCCUUAUGCAACCCGCCUAGUAAAUCUGAACCCCUUUCCUUUGAGUUACAGGAAACUUCGCCGGGAUCUCUUGCAAACCUUCCGCGUUGUAAAGGGGUUGGAUUGCAGUCUGGCCUUCGAGGACUUAUUUGAAUUUGCUACCACGACCAACCUCCGAGGUUACCAGUUAAAACUGCGAACUCAGCAGGCAAGGCUGGAUGAGCGAAAGUUCUCAUUCUCUGUUCAAGUGGUCAAACCACGGAAUGCCCUUCCCGCAGAUGUUGUGAUUUCACCAUCUGUACAAAGUUUUAAAAAGAAUCUUGACAUAUUUAUGUUCCGAAAUGACCAAGAGCGAUGAGAAGUAGAGCUUACCCCCUUGUAACUCGUUCUCAUUUUGUCCUACCAUUAUGGGUGUGUUUGAACUAUCUCAGUCCAGAACAUUUAUCUGUAUAUCACACAUUUUUUUACGUUGCAAAUAGAGUACUCAAAGGCUUACACCUAUUUCCCUCACUGAACUGAACUGACCAUUCCGAAACCGGCAAGUAAAAUCGAACUGCUGUAGUGUAUUUUGCCAACGUGCAAGUUCACCUUGCGCGUCCUUGAUCUUUUGCAGUCACUGAAGUGGUUUACGGUCGGAACGAAUGAGAAAAUGUCAAAAAAACAAGUAGAGUUUAAACUGUUUGACAAGAGCCAUUAGGACGAGGAGCUCCCGGCGAUAGGUACAGUAAUUGCGCUGCGACUUCGACAGGGUCCAGCUAGCGAAGCCGAUGGGUCUCUCGAUCUCAUUUUCAUCGCACUGUGGAAGGACGCCACCGAUGGUGAGUCCGCUGGUAUCGGUGCCUAG